GUCCCCGUGGCUAGUUUGAGUGAGUUGCUGUUCUUCCGACGGAAAGUGGCCUUAUUGAGCAACACCCUCUUUUUCCCAAGGUUGUUUUUUGGUUUUGGGGUUUUUUUUAAUGCAGUUAAAUGCAUAAUGGGUUUAGGCUCGUCUUCCUCAGAGGGAUCCUGGCUUUAAAAAUGGCAAUGUGGGGAAGGAAAGCAGCCCAUCCUUAUGCAGAGGUGGAAUAGAUGCUUCUCCUUCUCCACGGCUCUGUACAAGCCCAGACAGACGCAGAGGAGAGGGGCCAGCCCAGUGUUUGUGGCUGAACUGGUGCUGACGGCCACUUUGCACGUGAGCGUGACGAGCUGUAUUCAGGCGCGGUAACGGGAUGGGUCUUUGCCUUCUGCCCCCAGGCUCCCUGUCCCAGCGGGUGCAGUUCAUUCUCAGGACCAAGGAGGAUGAGCAGCACGUCCCUCACCACUUGUUCUCCGAGCUGGAUGAGAUCUGUGUAAAAGAGGGCCAAGAUGCCGAGUGGAAGGAAACAGCAAGGUGGCUGAAGUUUGAGGAGGACGCGGAAGACGGCGGCGAGCGCUGGAGCAAGCCCUACGUUGGCACGCUGUCCUUGCACACCCUCUCCGAGCUGAGGAGCUGCAUCAGCAACGGGACGGUGCUGCUGGACGUUUGUGCCAACAGCAUCGAAGAGAUUGCAGAUAUGAUCCUGGCCCAGCAAGAACAGUCCGCGGAGUUUGACGAGCACAUGCGGGCGCAAGUUCGAGAAGUCCUUUUGAGGAAGCACCACCAUCAGAACAAGAAGACAACCAAGCUUCUCCCCGUUGUCUACUCGUUUGCCGAUGUGAGCAAGAGGCAAUCAGACCUGCAGCUCCUCUACAAGCCAGGUGAGGGUUUCUGCAGGGCUUUGGCCCCAUUAGACUUGUCCGGGCAAAGGAGAAGCAUCCCAGUUGCUCCUUGUCCAUCUCUCUGA